GCGGAAAAUGAGAUCUUCCUUCUCCAUUUAUAAAAACACCUCUUAUUCCACUCCUCAUCCCCAAUCUCCCCAACUCCCUUCCAUUUUCUCUCUCUCUCUCUCUCUCGUCUCCCUGAUACAAUUCCAGAUCUACUCUUAAAAUGGCCGAAGCUUUCCUAAAAUCAAGUCCAUCUCUUAAACCAGCAGCUCUACCUCGCGCAUCCCCCUCCUUCCGUCUCCGCUCUUGUAGCCUCAACUCCGUCCGCCUCCGCCGCGUCUUCGACAUCUUCGACCGCAACGGCGACGGCGUAAUCACCGCCGACGAGCUCUGCGAAGCCCUAGACCGUCUCGGUCUCGGCGCCGACCCCUCCGACCUCCGAUCUCUCGUCGCCUCCUUUCUUCAGCCCGGUCAAUCCGGACUCAACUUCGACGCCUUCCAUUCCCUUCAUCGAGAGCUCGGCGACGCCAUCUUCGGCGAUAAUGACGGCGGCGAAGAGGAGGAGGAAGACGACAUGAUGGAGGCGUUCCGGGUCUUUGAUGAGGAUGGGGAUGGGUACAUCUCGGCCAAGGAGUUGCAGACUGUAUUGGGGAAGCUGGGCUUGGUCGAGGGUAGGAGCAUAGACCGGGUUUAUGAGAUGAUUGGAUCGGUGGACCGGAAUCGUGAUGGACGGGUGGAUUAUUUUGAGUUUAAGAAUAUGAUGAAAUCCGUUCCUGUGCAGAUCUCGUGAUGGUGAUCUGCGGCCGUGAUUUGCUUUUGCUUGAAUAAGUGGAUUGUAUUUUGAAGAAUUUAUAAUAUUUAUAUUUAUAUAUCCGACUCUUAAAUCUUUA